AUGCAUUGGAAUAUCGGAGUGAUUUCGAUAUUUCUUUGUACUAUAAUAAUUGUUUUUGGACGUCGAGAUUUAUUUGAAAAAAAAUGCAAACGAAAAUGUGAUACUGCUGGAGGUUCACUCGAAUGCUGGAAAGAAACAACAGACGGUUUUGCUUAUGGUUUAUCUACAGCUAUGAUUGAUUUUUGUCAAGAAACUUGGUAUAAUAUUAGUCGUGAAAUACUCGCAGAACAAAUUGAAAAAUAUGAACUUGAUGAAGAAGUUCAACAACUAACAAAAGAAAAUAUCGAACAAAUUGCAAUGUCUCUAUUAGAUAAUUGUUUUUAUGCUUCAUCAUCUAUUACUUCCCUUGAACCAUCAUGUCCAUCAUGUUCAGAAGCACAAACAAAACUAAUGAAACAAUGGGGUAUUGCAUCAAUAAUUCUUAUCUCAAUUGGUUUAUUACUUGUUUUUAUUGUUUUAAUUUUAUUUGCUUUCUAUAUUUAUUAUACUCGUCGCUCAUAUAUAUCAAUUAAAUAA